AAUAGUUAUUAUAAUGGAGAGGAAACAGAAAAGAAUUUAGAAAAAGCCUUUUAUUGGUAUCAAAAAGCAGCAGAAAAUGGUAUUAAAGAAGCAAUAUUUAAUUUAGCCAUUUUUUAUGAAAAUGGGGAAGGAACAGAAAAGAAUUUAAAAGAGGCCUUUUAUUGGUAUCAAAAAGCAGCAGAGAAAGAUCAUAUUAAUGCAAUGUUUAAUUUAGCCAAUAGCUAUUAUAAUGGAAAAGGAACAGAGAAGAAUUUAGAAAAAGCCUUUUAUUGGUAUCAAAAAGCAGCAGAAAAUGGGGAUGAAAGUGCAAUGUUUAAUUUGGCCAAUAGUUAUUAUAAUGGAAAAGGAACAGAAAAGAAUUUAGAAAGGGCUUUUUGUUGGUUUCAAAGAGCAGCAGAAAUUGGUGUUAAAGAAGCAAUGAAUAAUUCAGCUAUGUGUUAUGAAAAUGGAGAAGGAACAGAAAAGAAUUUAGAAAAAGCUUUUUAUUGGUAUCAAAAAGCAGCAGAAAGCGGUUACACUAAUGCAGGACUUAAUUUACCCAAAUAUUAUGAAAAUGAAAAAGGAAUAAAAGAAGAAUUAGAGAAUAGUUAUACUGAUAUAAAGUUUAAUUUAGCCAAUAAUUAUUAUGGUGAAAAAAAAGCAGAAAAGAAUUUAGAAGAAACUAUUUAUUUAACUAAUAGCUAUUAUAAUGGAGAAGAAACAGAAAAGAAUUUAAAAGAAACCUUUUAUUGGUAUCGAAAAGGAGCAGAAAAUGGUGAUGAAAGAGCAAUGUUUAAUUUAGCUAAUAGUUAUUAUAAUGGAAAAGGAAUAGAAAAGGAUUUAAACAAAGCCUUUUAUUGGUAUCGAAAAGCAGCAGAAAAUGGUAAUAAAGAAGCAAUAAAUAAUUUAGCUAUGUGCUAUGAAAAUGGGGAAGGAACAGAAAAGAAUUUAGAAAAGGCCUAUUAUUGGCAUCAAAAAGCAGCAGAAAAUAGGGAUGAAAAGACUUUAACUAGCAACAGUUAUUAUAAUGAAAAAGGAAAAGCAGCAGAAAAUAGUGAUGAAAAGACUUUAACUAGCAACAGAGGAUUUAGUGAAAUUCAUAAAGCUAUCUGGUUAAAUGGACCUAUUUUUAGUUAG